AACAAAAAAAAAAACCUGAUUGUUCUUCAUUAAUACGCAAACACUCACGCUAUUGAUCGCUAAGCCUGACAGCUCGACUUGGCGUAAAAGGUGCCAUCUAAAUAGACAAAAAAUCGGAAUUCUUUGCCAUAGUCAUCCUCUACAAAUGGCUCAAUUAGGCCGCUAUUGCCAUAGUCAUAGCGUACUUGCAAACGCUAAUAAAUAGUCCCUGCGGCCAGGUGCCGGUGGAUGGUAGCAUCGCUUUAUAUAAGAAGUGAGGGUCGGCUUUCGUCCACUUCCCUUUCUGUCGCGCGACAUCAUUCACCUAACGGGCAUGGCCGGUAUACGAUUCUAUUGAUUCACAGAAUACGACCUAUAUGGAUCUGACCGUCGGCUCACAAGCCGGUGACGGAGAUCCGGUCGCUGAGCCCGGUGUUGCUCAACAACCAACGACGCAGACAGGGGGCCGGAAGAAGGGUACGAGCUGUGCCCGAUGCCGUAGACAGAAGAUUCGUUGCGACGAUGGCAUGCCGUCAUGUGGAAAUUGCACCAGGGUUGGACAAGUCUGCGUCCGUACCCACCUUAGCAAUAAUCCAGAUGUCGUUAGCCAUAUCAAUUAUACCGAGGCACGUUUGCGGCUGCUUGAAGAUACCUUGCGUCGCGUAGCCCCUGAUGAGUUCGCAAAGUUGCCAGCCGUCGGCAAACCCACAAUCGAUACGACGGGAUCCUAUGCUGUACUAGCAUCGGAGACUUGUAAACCCGGACAUUCGGGUGAAUUCAAUAUCGACCAUGAAAACUCAGGUGCCGACCAAGGGGUACAGGGUUCAUAUGAUAAUCACCACCAAGGCCUUUCCCCGUCUAGUGGUACUACUGCCAGUCCAUCAGCUUCAACGCAAAUUGGCCCUAGUGAACCUCUCGCCCAUGAAGUUGGGCUACUCUCUCUGGCCAAUUCCAGAGAAUCGAAAUAUCUAGGCCCAUCAUCAGGCGUCCCAUUUGCUCGCUUGAUAUUCUCAGCGAUACCCCAGUCUCAAGGCUUGGCAACUAGUUGGGUGUCGUCUGAAGGCGUUGGAUCGCAAGGAGCCCCACAAGCUCAGCCUUUCCCUCUGAACUGGACUUCAGAGGUGGAUCUACAGCAUUUCGUUGAUGCGUACUUCGAAACACAUCAUCCAUUACAUCCAUUCUUAGAUGAAGAUGCGGUCUCUGACCGCUUCGAGAUUCUUUACACUAAGCAAUCACCGGCGCUUAAUCCCCAACAAAUGCCGCAGCUUUCUGAAAUAGAGUCUGCCAUGUCCCCCAUGUAUUCUGUCCAAAUAUUUCUCAUAAUUGCACUUGGCGCGCGUAUUUUGGAGACGCGACUGUCUGCGAACUUCUCAUCUGAGAGGUAUCUCGCAACAGCGCAGGCCCGUAUUGCCAGUUUGGGCUUACCAUUACACGAUUCCAUUGAAGGGUUGCAGAUUAUGCUAUUACUCACACUCUCAAGUUUCUAUUUUGAGAAUGGCCCUAACGCGUGGUUUUUAAACUCGAAUAUUAUUGCUAGCUGCCUAGACUUGGGAUUUCAGAGACGCUGGGUGGAGACCGUACCCGGCAUGUCACCAGAAGAGUACAGGCGAAUAAUCCACCGAAAAAAUAUUAGAAGCGCGAUAUUUUGGUCUACUUAUUCCAUCGAAAGGAAUUUGUCUGUUGUACUAGGUCGGCCGUUAACUCUUCGAGAUGAAGCUAUAGAUGUCGAAUUCCCGGGAGAGGGGACUGUCUCAUACAAAUGUUCAACCGGGCAAAAUAGAGGACCGGUGAGUCCAGCGACUGACAUUUCUGGAGAUAACGGCCCCAAAAGGCCACGAAUCGGUGGAUCCCAGUACUCGGCCGCUCAUUAUUCAUUUCGCCUUGACCGUAUUGUCGCAGAAAUCAAACUGAUGCUGCAUCGCGUUGUUAACCUCCCCGAACGCUUUCCUUGGCCGACGGACCUAGUACGAUGGCAAAAAGAGGCCCACGCUAGUUGCGACUUUAUUAUUGACGAAGUCUUUACCCAUCUAAAAUGGCGCUCACGCCGCAGCUCUGCGGAUAUCACCAUACGAAGCCUCGAGCUGAAGUACCAUCAUAACUUGAUGCUUCUUCAUAGACCAUCCCCGGCAAUUCCUCAGCCUACGCUUGACUCGUGGAAGAUUUGCUAUCAUAGUGCAGUGAAAACUAUCAUGAUAUACUCUGACCUCCAUAGAUUUUCAAAGCUCACCAAUAGUUGGCUAACAGCACAUACCGUAUUUGUUAGCGGCAUUACAUUCGUCUACUGUUUGUGGGCCCAACCUCAAAUUAAGGACGAGACUUCGUUGGAAAACUUCAUGCGCCACACUUCCGCUUGCACGACGCUGCUCACAUUUCUUGGUAAAACGUGGAGUGUGGCGGCUGAUGCUGUAGAGAAGUUCGAUCGAUUGGUCCAUAUGACUAUCCAUGUUUGGAAAGCUGGGGAGGGCGAGUCUAGCACAGUUCCAGUUGGGAUUCCGGGUACUGAUGGUACCCAGAACUUGGAAACACAACGUCUCCAACGGGGUGGACAAGUCUAUGACGCCGCGCCGUCGAUGCCUAUGGUCGACCAAUAUCUUGAAAAUGGGGAUAGGAAUCAUUAUGAGCUCGAACCAACUUCAUUCUACUCAGAACUUGGUGAUAUGAGCGCCUGGUUUGACUUAGAUUGGAUUUUGAGCAUGAAUACCGGCCCUUCUGGAGAAAUCAUAACUUAUCCAGGCCCCUAAGGAAUUCAUCACUACAAGGAUUAAUUCAAUUAAUAUUAUGCGAGGAAUUUAACUACUGUAAUGAACCUUCAAUGCCUCGAAGACUCCGGUAACAAUUGCGACCACCCCACAAGCGCCAGGAUCCGGAAUAUCCUGGGUUGCAUCAUUUACGCCCUCCGCCAAAACGUAAGUGCUACGGCCAAAUCGAGGCUUCAAUUUGCUCGUACUUUCACAUCCAACAUUCGCCACCGCUACUGCAUGCCCAAAAGCCUCUAGAGGUGCUU